GACCACACGGUGUGCGAUGAAGGAGAAGAGUAAAAAUGCCGCCCGGUCCCGACGUGAAAAGGAAAAUGCGGAAUUUCUCGAGCUGGCUAAGCUGCUACCGUUGCCGAGCGCCAUCACGUCACAGCUCGAUAAGGCUUCAAUCAUACGGCUUACCACGUCUUACCUGAAGAUGCGUGCCGUGUUCCCAGAAGGGCUGGGAGAUGCGUGGGGCUCCCAACACAUCCCAAACAAUCCUCGCGAUCUCGCGAUUAAGGAGCUCGGUUCACACCUGCUGCAGACGCUGGAUGGGUUCAUCUUUGUUGUUGCGCCGGACGGGAAGAUUAUGUACAUCUCCGAAACGGCCUCGGUACACCUUGGGCUCAGCCAGGUAGAGCUGACCGGUAAUUCGAUCUACGAGUACAUACACAACUACGAUCAGGACGAGAUGACCUCGGUGCUGUCACUGCAGCCGAACAUGUUUGUCACACCACCACCGGCUACCGGUGGCACAGAAACUACCGGACCCGGCCCACUGCUAUCCUCCACACCGCACUCGUCCAUCGCCGAUCCGGGCACAACCGCUUCCGACUCACCGAUAUCACCGUUUGCCAGUUUGCUGCAGCAUCCCGGUAGUGCCGAUUCGCCACCGCAAAGUCUCGCCUCGUCCGGUGCUUCGAUUGCCGCCAUCGGUGGUAGUAACCUGGGCCAAACCGUACCGCCCGGCCUUUCACCGAACGAUAUGCAAACCGCAAUGCAUCAUCAGCAGCAUUUGGGCGGUGGCACAGGCGGCCAUUCGCCGCUCGGAACCGGCAAUCCGCCCACGUACGGAGCGGGUACGGCUGGGUACGGGAUGCAGCACCCUCAACAGUCCCACUCGCAUCAUCACAACACUCACCACGGCCAUUACCACCAUCAUCAUCAUCAUCAUCACCAUCACAGCUAUGGUCAGCAUCAUCUCUCGCAAACGAUUGAGAUCGAGCGUACCUUCUUUCUGCGGAUGAAGUGCGUGUUGGCGAAGCGUAAUGCGGGCCUCACUACCAGUGGCUAUAAGGUCAUACACUGUUCCGGAUACCUGAAGGCCCGUAUAUAUCCGGGCGAUGCAACGUAUGGGGACGGGCACAGCUGCAUCCAAAACUUGGGCCUAGUGGCGGUCGGUCACUCGCUGCCACCGUCCGCUAUUACGGAAAUCAAACUCUACCAGAACAUGUUUAUGUUUCGCGCCAGCAUGGACCUGAAGCUGAUCUUUCUCGACGCAAAAGUGGCACAGCUUACGGGAUACGAGCCGCAGGAUCUAAUUGAGAAAACACUCUACCAGUACGUCCACGCAGCGGACAUCCUUCACAUGCGCUACUCGCACCAAGUCCUGAUGUACAAGGGCCAAGUUACGACAAAGUAUUAUCGGUUUCUAACGAAAGGCGGCGGUUGGGCGUGGGUACAAUCGUAUGCUACCGUUGUCCACAAUACACGCUCAUCGCGCCCUCAUUGUAUCGUGAGCGUUAACUACGUCUUGAGCGAGCAGGAAGCGCAAGAUCUGCUACUGAAUGAGGUGCAGCAGCCACAGCAUACCCCAUCUACGCAGCAUCAAGCUUCCUCCAAUGUCAAGCCGGACUCGAUCGCAACUGGAGCUGCUGGAGGCGCUAGUAUUGCGAGUAAAGAGCGUACUGUAAGUGAGCCGGCGACAGCACUAGCGGCCACCAUGACACCGGUGUCUGGGUUGACUUCUGGCGUUCCUGCCCAUAUGUCUCCGAUCGGUGGUACGGUGGUAGGUGGCAAUUCCACCGGAAGGCGUGGAAGCUCCCAAUCGCUGCAACCUGCUCAUCAGGGUAGUCUGUCCUACAACUCGUUGCAUUUGGGAAAGGAUCUCCAGGAACACCACCACCAACAGCAGCAGCAGCAGCAGCAACAACACCAACAACAUCCACAACAUCAGCAACACAGCACCUUCAUUCAACUGGCUAGCCUAGAUGAUGAUGCCAGCCUGGGUCCUGUACCGGGAGCUCCCUCAGCCUGUUUGGUAACUCACCCCGGUUCUUCCAUGCCAUCUGCACAGGACGAUUAUGAUCUCCAGAUGCAGUACAGCUCUGGCGGUACUCAUCAGGAACCAAACACAGCUAGCGGUGGGUACUGUAUGAACGCAACUCCUUCUGGCGGAAUGCUCGAUGGACAUGCAGUAUCGCACGGUGGGACGGACGGUAGUGACGCUUUUCUCGAGCCGUACUACGAUCAAUUUUACGGUGGAUAUGAUUCCCGGCAGGACCCAAUCUCGCUGCGCCCAUUUUCCGCCAGUUCCAACAGCUGCAGCAGUUCGGAGGGCGAGGCAACGCUGGCACAGCAUCAACAGCAUCAUCAUCAGCAGCAGCAACAUCACCAGCAGCAUCACCACCAUCCGCAACAGCAACACCAUCUUCAGCAGCAGCAUCCACCACCCAGCUACGGCAGUAUGACGGCUGCCUCCCUAUCAAUGGCUGGUGGAGGAUCGGGUGUACUUCGGCAGCAUGCAGGUGCAGGUGGUGAUCAAAGCUACGGUGACCUGCACCUAGAAAGCCACUUUGCACCGACGAACGGGCAUCAACAACAACUGCCCCACCACCAACAACAUCACCUAGAGCAGCAACAUCCACACACGAACGGUGUCGCUAGCAAUGGGACCUCCAACUUUCUGUACGAUGCCUCCCCGGCAACGUUGGACGGGAGCACCAGCUCUGCAUCGCCGUUCGAUGGUAUCACGCAGCAGCAGGCAGCGUUCGACCAUCAGCACACGCUGCAUCAUCUCGGACCGGCUACCCACCUGCACCAUUUCCGGCCCCAUGGCGGUGACCUGCAGCUCGGUGACUCACCGCUAGUGAGCACCGCCGGCAUACUCAGCGGGCUAGGAUCGCCUGCCCGCCCAUCGGCGGUUACCGAGCGGGACGAGCUGGAGGCUGGCGACACGGGCCCAAAAUCCUCCAAACUACCCAACCAUUCCGUGGUGUCAACACUGCCGAACGGCAACAAUAAUAGCACUAAUGGAAAUCUACCCAACAACACCAACAAUCCACUGCAAGCGACAAACAAUGGCAGUAACCGAACUACUAACAGCAGUAUAAUUAUAAGUACCGCUGGCAGCACGGAGGGGAACCAUGGUGAGACAAAUGGUGGCGGUGUCGUUACGCUCAACGUUAAUCUAAACCAUAUGCACAAUCACAGCAAUAACAAUACCACCACCAACAACAACCAUCUACUUACCAGCAAUAAUAACGACCAUAAUGGUACGAUGAGCAACAACAAUAACAACAAUAACAACACCAACAGCAACAACAAUAAUCUGCACGGCGCGAAAGGAUACGGUACUAACGCGGACGUCCGGACGGUCGGUAUGGAGGGCAAGAAGCCUGCCGUCGCUAGCCGAAAUCAAUCGAACCGCCAGCAGCAUCAGCAGCAGCAGCAACAGCAGCAACACUUUGCCGAUACGUACGGUUUGCCGCACUACACGAGCGUUAUCGUCGAGUCAACAUCGACUACGUUGGCAGGAUCCGGUACGACGAGCACCAACACCACCAACAACAAGCAGCAGCUGUCAUCGAACGAGUACGUGCCGCAGCAGCAGUGUACGUAA